AUGUGUUGCAACUAUGGGAACUCGUGUGGCUAUGGCUACGGAUGCGGCUAUGGCUCAGGCUAUGGCUGUGGCUAUGGCUCAGGAUGUGGCUGUGGCUAUGGCUCAGGAUGUGGCUGGGGCUAUGGCUCCCGUUGUGGCUGUGGCUAUGGCUCCCGUUGUGGCUGUGGCUAUGGCUCGGGCUAUGGCUGUGGCUAUGGUUCCCGAUGUGGCUGUGGCUAUGGCUCAGGAUGUGGCUGGGGCUAUGGCUCCCGUUGUGGCUGUGGCUAUGGCUCCCGUUGUGGCUGUGGCUAUGGCUCAGGAUGGGGCUGUGGAAAAGGCUCCUGCUGUGGCUGUGGAUAUGGCUAUGGCUCCGGCUGCUGUGGCUACCGGCCAUUUUGCUCCAGAAGAUGCUAUUCUUCUUGCUGCUAG